GUCUGCCCUCCUCCAGAGACACAUACGUACAUAAGGGAAGUGGCUGGGCCUGGUUGUUGCAUUUUGCACUACUGGAGUGGAUUAAAGUGCAUCCAGUCAUGGAGUGGGCACAAGUGCUUUUGUUUUGCAUGUUGUUGGUAUCUUCUGAUGCCCUCAUCAGAAUCCCAUUAACGAAGUUCAGCUCCAUCCGGAGGUCGUUGACCGAGGCUGCAGAUUCCAUCGAGGAGCUCUUUGCGGCUGGUCCCCACAGAAGUGAGAAGUACAUGGGAAACGAUGCCGAGACUCCCGAAAUACUCACCAACUACUUGGACGCCCAGUACUAUGGCAGAAUUGGCAUUGGCACACCACCACAGCACUUCACCGUGGUCUUCGACACUGGAUCUUCAAAUCUCUGGGUCCCCUCGUCCCACUGCUCCUAUUUGGACAUCGCUUGCUGGUUUCACAACAAGUAUAGAUCAGAUGAGUCGAGCACAUAUGUUAAAAAUGGAACGGCGUUCUCUAUUCAAUAUGGAUCUGGGAGCCUUUCGGGAUUCCUCAGUCAGGACACUGUAACAAUUGGUGACACAGCGAUUCCAAAGCAGGUUUUUGGGCAGGCGGUUAAACAGCCUGGGAUUGUCUUCGUUGCUGCAAAGUUUGAUGGGAUCCUUGGCAUGGCCUACCCUAAGAUCGCUGUCGAUGGUGUUCUGCCUGUCUUUGAUAACAUGAUGAAACAAAAACUGUUGGAGAAAGAUGUCUUCUCCUUCUACCUGAACCGGGAUGUGAGCACUCAGCCUGGCGGGGAGCUGCUGCUAGGAGGUGUGGACCCCAAAUAUUACACUGGAAACUUUCAUUAUUUGAACGUCACUCGCCAGGCCUAUUGGCAGAUAAAGGCAGAGCAGGUGACUGUAGGAAAUAAACUGACCCUGUGUAAAGGUGGUUGCCAGGCGAUUGUGGACACAGGAACAUCACUUAUUACCGGACCAGCGGAGGAGAUUAAAGCUCUUCAGAAAGCUAUCGGCGCGGUGCCCAUCAUUCGGGGAGAGUACAUGAUCGACUGCGAUAAGAUUCCAACUCUUCCCAUCGUCAGCUUCAAUCUCGGAGGCAAAGAGUUCUCGCUAACCGGGGAGCAGUAUGUGAUGAAGAUCACCAAGUUUGGCCACACCGUGUGCAUCAGUGGAUUCAUGGGCAUGGACAUUCCACCCCCAGCUGGACCACUCUGGAUUUUGGGUGACGUGUUCAUUGGCCGCUAUUAUACCAUCUUCGACCGCGCCAACAACCGAGUGGGCUUUGCUGAUGCUGUGUAGCACUUUCUCCAAAAAAAAAGGGGCACUCCCCCCAGGUCCAAGACCAUGUCCUUUCUCCUCUGCUCCUUUUCAUAAACUUGCAUGGGUCUGAUUUAGAAAGCUAUAGAGGGAAAUAAUGAAGCUCAGUUCUCACAGACGUCUAUCUUAACUAAACAUAACCUCGCCACACUUCCAUAACCUUUAGCUUGUUGAACGUACACAGCCUUGGUAUAUUUGCAUGAUUACCCUCUCCAGUAAAGCAAAAUCUAACUUUGUUUGCUGGGAAUGCUAGGUCAUUCCAAGCAGUAACAUUAUUUCUGUGUGGAAAUUGCUCUGGGAAAAUCGGCUACUUGUGGACCUAAAACCCCAUCUGAUCCUGAUGUCCAUUCUUUUGGAAUUGCAAACUACUCCCUGUGACCUGUAGCCUUUUUUCAGGGACCCAGGGAGCUACAACGUCUUCCAGGACCCAGCCCGGUCUGUUGGUGAAAACCUGGGCCUCUGUUUUUGACCUUUUUUUUUCAUUGAUGCCGCCUGAAAGUGACCUUUGUCCCCAAGAAAGCCUGCGCCCUGGUCACACUUGCUCAUUUGCCCUUCUCACUUCGUCACCUCUGGCGAGUUUUACCGGGAAAUUUCUCACUGCCGUGGAUACUUUUCUCCCAACUGUCCAACAUUCUCCACUCCCCAGCCCCUCACCUCGCUGCCCCUUAGUCGGGAGGAGUGGUCAUCUUAUUCCGACACUUUUCUGUUCUGUCGUAUGAGGCCGGAAAGUGCUUGCCCUGAGCACUAGGCCCUGCAGUAUUAAAGGGGUGCCCUUGUAGAUCGGGUUCCCACCAGCAUUUGAAAAAGCAAAGAGCUAUUGUCUCUUUAACUCCAGAUCGGAGCAAAUGCUGUUUAAUGGAUGACAGUUAAUAGUUAAAUAGAUGCGAGUUAAAUCCUUUCCAGACACUGCCGUGUACACUGUUCCACAUACCACGAUGGACCCAUCUCUUGUCCAUUCAGUCUCGUGGCUUCCAAGGCUAGGACCUCAACGGAUUUAAUUUUUAGAUCGGCUGUUCGGUAGUAUGGCUGAAAAGAGAGACUUUGUUGCUGAAACUUUUCAUCUCGCACUCAGUGGGACAAAUGCAAGAAUGCUCAUUUCAAACAGUCGAAACACUUUAUGCUGCAGGAGGAAAGGGUGCUGAUUGGUUGGCAUUUGUCCUGAUGAGUGCAAGGUGAAAAGCUUCAGCAAUUCAGCAACCUUCACUUCCUAGAUCCUUCUAUUGAGUGGCUCAGGUAAUGAAUAUUUGCUCCCAUGCUCUCACUUUGUCUCUCCCUCCCUUGUCAGCUAGAGGGACCAUUUUCGGCCUCCCAAACCUCUGGCCUUGUGGGGACUCUUAGUCAUCCGUGCUUCCUUAUUUCUUGACAGAAGGUGACGAAGGAAGAGUAGAGGUGUCCUCACCCGCACAAGGCAACCAAAUGUUAGCCUGCAAAUUGUGCCUCCCGUUGCUUACCCGAGGUUGGUGGGGACCAGGGCAGCUACUCUGGACAAACACUCCAAACUCAAAGAGGCAUAUUGCUGGGUCUAAAAGACUUGUCCUAAUCCCCCUUCCCUGUCAGCGAGCAACAGAUUGAGGAUGGAAACAGGAGCAAUUCUAUCUUAAUAAAAUGAUGUUUAGAAUAUCCAGAGCAUCGAAUUUUACCCAAACCUAUUCCCUUCCUGUAAUAUUAGGACGCAUCUGCAUCCCAGUCAGUCAUUGCUGAGUUCUUCCUCUGGUUACUAGCAGUUUAUCAAUUUGCUCUUGGGAGUUGUGGUUUACAACGGAGCUGCCUCAGGUUUGUGAACUAAUGAGGUAUCUCGUGGAAGGGCAGAGGGAAGAAGGCAGAAUUAAGAUCGUUGGACCUGUCAUGGGGCCAAACCGAAAUGUAGCAAUACUCCAUUUGUGCCACUAGAGGUCAGUUAUAAGCAGCUCCAUAGAAACUUAGGGCCUGAUUUUUAACCCGUUGAAAACCCACCCUGUUGCAGAGUUAAAAUUGGGCCCUAGAGUCCACAGCACAGAAACAGACCAUUAAGCCCAGCUGAUCCACAAUGGGGUUUGUGCUCCUUAAGAGUCUCCUCCCACCCGACUUCAUCUAACCCCAACAGCAGACCCUUCCAUUCCUUUCUUCCUCGUAAUUAUCUAGUUUUCCCUUAAAUGCCUCCACUCUAUUGACCUCAAGUAUUCCUUGUGGUAGUGAGUUCCACAUUCUGGGUAAAGACGUUUUUCCUGAAUUCCCUACUGGAUCUAUGAGUGACUCUCUUAUAUUUAUGGUCCCUAGUUUUGAUCUUACCUACAAGUGGAAAAAAACUUCUCUAUGUUCAACUCUGUAUCAAACCCUUUCAUAACCUUGACAACCUCUAUUCGUUUCCUAAAUAACGUAACAGCCAGAGAUCAGAGAGCCUCUUUAUUAGGGAGGUUCUGACUGAAUUAACACUUUCUGUUUUUGGCCUGUACUUUAAAAAUAAAUAAAAUAAUUGGUGUUUGGACUGUGA